CGUCGCCUUGACAGCGCAGCGGAUAACGCGGUGCAGCUGCGGCGAGUUGACAACACAGCGGGCGGUGCGCAGGAUACCGGGCCAGCAGCGCUCAGCAUCAAUGUCCCCGGUGCUCACGAAGUGAAGCAUGGGCUCCGCGGCAUCACAGUCAUGGCCAGAUCCGCCAAGCGAAGCGCCGAGGACGGGGAUCCCCGUGUAACCGCCCCCACGGACCGCGCCGGGGUCCGGGACCUGGCCGAGCCCCGGGAGCUGUCUCUGGAGGAGGUGCUGAAGUCCUACGAGCAGCCCAUCAACGAGGAGCAGGCAUGGGCGGUGUGCUACCAGUGCUGCAGCGGGCUCAGGGUGCCCCGCCCGCCGCCCGGGAGACCCGGUCAGGUGAAGGACCCGUCCUCCAUCCUCCUGCACAGGGACGGAACCGUGUCGUUAAAGGAGGAGCCGCGACCGGACGAGGACGAUGAGGACGCUCCUCUUCCACCCAUCGCUGAGCGUCAGGUGGUUCAGUCGCUCGGCGUGGCCAUCUACAGAGCCCUGGACUGGGGCCUGGACGACAACGAGGAGAGGGAGCUCAGCCCGCAGCUGGAGCGCCUCAUCGAGCGAAUGGCCGCCGGGGACCAGGCCGAGGAGGACGUCCGCUCUGCCAGGAUCGCUUCAACAGACGAGGGUUACAGUGGACAGGAGGAAGAGGAGGAGGAGGAGGAGGAAGAGGGGGCCAUAAGGCCGGUUUGUACGUUCCGCCGGGUCGUGGUGCUCUGUGCGUCUCGUCUGGCCGACCCGAGUCUGGCUCCGGACCACUACCAGGCCGUCUGCCGGGCUCUGUUUGUGGAGACCCUGGAGCUGCAGACCUUCCUCGUCAAGAUCAGAGAUGCAAAGGAGAUGCUGAAGAAGAUUUCCCCUGAAGAAGCGCUGGAGGACAGAUCCACAGCCGAGCUGGACGGGCUGAAGCACAAAGACUGGGCUCGUCUGUGGGUGCAGCUGAUGAAGGACCUGAGGCAGGGGGUGAAGCUGAAGAAGGUCCAGGAGCAGCCGUUCAACCCGCUGGCCACCGAAUUCAGCCUGACGCCGUUCGAAAUGCUGAUGCAGGACAUUCGGACUCGCAAAUUCCAGCUCCGCAAAGUCAUGGUGGGCGGUGAUAUUCCUACGAGAGUGAAGAGAAGUGCCCACGAGGUGAUCCUGGACUUCAUCAGAUCCAGACCUCCUCUUAAACCCGUUUCAGAACGCAGCCUGGCUCCUCCUCCUCCACAGCAGCAGUCGCUUCAUGAGCGGGUCCUGGCAGAGAUCAAGCAGGAGAGGAAGCUCAGGCCCGUGGAGGCACAGGCUGCCAGACCGUUCGGCUCGCUGCCCUGUCUUGCUCAGACCUGUCCUUGCAAUGUCAAAUCUACGUCAUGCAUCGAUCUGUCUGUGUCGGAGCCUCGGCCGCCAUCCCGGCCUCGCAUCCUGCUCAAGGCCCCGACCCUGGCUGAGAUGGAGGAGAUGAGCAUCUCUGAGGAAGAGGAGUCCCCAGGCAACGAUCAGAUGAGGAGGACGGAGAGCUCGCCGACGCCGCUGAAAAGAGAUCGGUCCUUCUCGGAGCAGGACCUCGCCUUCCUCCGUGGGGAAAUCCUUCCCUCGUUGUCCGAGUCUGCCCAGCUGGGAGAGACGGUGCGACUGAGGGACGUCCGGCCCCGAUCCAGAACGCUGACCGGCGCCGGGCCGCCUCCUCUUCACCGAGCUUCCUUCCCCGUCCACGGCUGGGGGCCACCGUCCCCCGCCCGCCUGUCUCUGAGCUCGGUCGACGAGGCCACAGAGACUCCUGAGACGACGUCGGGCUGCAGAACCGGAGACCAGUGGAUGGAGGAGUUCAGCCAUCCCGUUGAGAGUCUGGCCUUAACGUUGGAUGAGAUCAUCAACGUGCGUCGGGUUCUCGUCAAAGCAGAAAUGGAGAAAUAUCUUCAGAGCAAAGAGCUGUACAAUAACCUGAAGCGAGGAAAGGUUUGCUGCUGCUGCAGAGUGAAAUUUCCUCUCUUCUCUUGGCCGUCCACCUGCUUGCUGUGCAAAAGAUCCGUUUGUGGCUCCUGCAGUGCAAAGAUGAAGAUUCCCUCCAAGAAGAUGGCUCAUAUUCCUGUGUACACUGUGGGCUUUCACAGCACCCCGAAGAGCCAUGGGCACAAAAGCCAAGUCUACAAAUCCCUGCGAACUCUGUCCCGCCGCUCGGUGGAGGAGGAAUUCCCACACCUGUACGCUCACGGCUGCACGCUGCGUGACAUCUGCGCCGAAUGCACAAAGUUCGUCGCCGACGUCAUUUCCUCGAGCCGCCGGAGCCUGGACAUCCUCAACAACACUCCAAAGCGGGAGGCCGCCGCCGCUCAGAGGCCACAGCUGCAGCGACAGUCCAACUUCGAGUCAAACCACCAACGACCCUCGCCACAGCUCCACCGCAGCGACGCGACCAACAGCACGAAGCAAUGACCGAAUCAGACUCUGACCUCACUGUGCACACGGUUCUCCGAGGGUUGCGGCGUGUCUUAUCAUCGUAUAAUCCAGUAAAGGUGCUUGGAAGUUAAUUUUGCUGGGUUGAAGCAUUAAAUGUAUCAUUUAGUAGUCAAGUUUAGGCCUGAAAGAAAACUCAAUCAAGCUGUCAAGAACUCUUUAGCGAGAACGUAGAGAUGCCAACUUUCUGCACUACUGCUUCACCCUCCAUAUCUCACCAUCUCACUCACACACACACACACACACACACACACACACGGAUUCACUUGAAUCUCUUUCUGCAUCUGCCCUAUCUGCUGCACCGUGCCUUCACUCUUCACUCACAUGGGGGGGGGGUCAAUUCAAUCAGGAGCACUGAAGGUCGAGGGGCGGGGGGGGGGGUCUACACGACGUGAGAAAGAAGGUGUAGGUGAGGUUAAAGCUGUGCAAAGUUGCAUUAGCAUUUUAGCUCUAAUUGGUUGCCUUGUUUUUGUGUCAUGAAUGUACCUUACACAAACAAAAUUGUAAUUAAAAGCUUGUACGCAGCUAAAUAUUUAUUUUUAAUCAUCGACGACGGGACUUAAAAACCAGCUGCUGCUGCAUACAGAGGCCUCUCUGGUGACGCUUGGUAAGGACCGCUGGGCUGCAGCGGGUGGAGAAACAGCAGCGACGCCGAAUGUAACGGGGUGAAGCUGCAGGCCGCAGCGUUAGCAUGACGACCGCGGGGAAAGGCGAGCAGUUGAAUCUCCCGCCUCUCUCACCCCCACAUGGACGCUUUGCACUCUGCUCUGGUUUUGUUAAAAAACAAACAAAACAAAAACAAAAAAAAAAACACAAAGUGAACCUCGGCUGCAAUAAAAAUCCAAUGACAAACACG